UUGAAGUGACUCCGGAGUCCGACAGACAACAAACAUGGCAACUGCAAUAAGUUUAUGUUUUUAAAGCAUAAUAUUGUUGGAAUACUUACUAGUCUUUUCAACGUUUUGGUGUUCAACCUGUGAGAUGAUUUUCAUGUUUGAAAAUGUGUACUGUAAGAGAAGAAUUGUUAAUAAUGGACUUAAAUAGAAGUGACUGUAUCAGUGAAAAUUUAGUGGCGCCAGUAUCUAGUGAGGUUAUGAAGUUUUUGGAUACUCAUUUUUAGUAUAAACGAGACUCCUGUUACGAAUCUUAUCACUAAACAUAGGUUAUAAUUUCGUCAAUCUUAUCUUAUGGUUAUAGUCCUCGCAUAACAAUUAAAAUAAUUGGGCUUUAGAUCAAUUUAUUAUACUGUUAAAUGACUAAUCUGACCUUAGUAUAAAAGCUUACAGAUCAUCUCACUCGUACUUCAAUCAUAAGUUUUGGGUUAAAAUACUUAACUAAGUGGCGUCUUCUUCUCAAUUGAUAAAAAUAGUUAAUAUCACUUAGUAUCUUUUUUCAAUUAAAUUUUUCUAGACAAGCACCUUGAUGAAAAUGAAUUUCUCUCAUUUGAAUUUCGGAAACAACUUCGUUUCAAUGCACCAAUUCAGUGCUGCAACAAAAGUAGUGGGCAAUGUACAACAGAAUAUAGCCUUCAUUCCAGCGACGAGCUCUCAGCAUUAUCAUCAUUCAAAUCAAGUAAACUUUCCCAACAAUGGUCAGAUUACAACAGCUGUCAUUCAGCAUCAACAUCAUUACCAGGAUGCCUCUGCUAGAAUUCUUAGCCAAAAUUCCUCAACACACUCAGUAAAUAUUAAUACCCCUACAUCAACUACUAUAGCUCAAUCAUCUUGGAUUGAUGGAACCACACUACCUUCUGGAGACAGCACAUUGAAGAUAAAUCUACCAAGCUUUCCUCCUCAAGCACAGGUGCCAAGUGGUGUAAAUCACAUUCAUCAACCAAUACAAAGUUCUUUUAAAACUGUCUUGAUGAAGGAUGCCUCAACAAUGACAGAUUUUGAUAUCCCUGUCACUGAUGGAAAAAACGGUAACACCAAAGAAUCUGCUAUGAGUGAAGAUAGCGAUGACAGUUCUAAAUCUGAUACACAUUCUAUGAAAAGAACUGAGUGUUCAAAUUCUUGUUCUAAAGUUGAGUUAAAAAAUACAAAAUCGGCGUUAGCUGAGUACCUUCAUCGAUUACAGCCUUAUCAAAUCCCAACUGACAUACAAGAAUUUCUAAAAGAUAACAAUAUAGUACCUGUUCUUAAAAAUGAUGUUGAAGAAAAGAGCAAGAAGAACAUAGAAUCAAAGGAUAGUUUUUCUGGGAGGUCUGAAAUCCGAUUAUCAAAUGCGCCUGAUGGUUCUCUUCUCUUUUGUUGUUCUGAAUGCAGUAUUGGAUACCCGGACAAAGAACAGUUGGAGCGUCAUCUUGCAGUGCAUAAGGCAGAUCGACGAUUUGAAUGCAAUGUUUGUGGUGUGUUUUUGAAGAGGAAAGAACAUUUGGAUCAGCACAAAAGAGGCCACAGCGAAGAGAGACCGUUUGUUUGUGAAAUUUGUUGUAAAGGGUUCAAGAGAAAUGAGCAUUUACGUCGACACAUAGUGAUCCAUUCCGGAGACAAGAACCAUGUUUGCACGGAGUGCGGGAAGGCUUUCUCUCGUAAGGAUCACCUCAACAAACACCUCCAAACUCACAUCAGUAAGAGAGCAAAAGGAGAAGCCAGCGAUCCUGUAUCGUCUUCACCUUUGUUGCAGUUCCAGCCUCAUAAGAAUGUUCACGUUUAUCCUCCUAAGUAAACUAGCACUCAUGUAUAUAUAUUUUUGAGUGAGUAUAUAAAAUCAAUCAUUAGAAUGUGUUUUUUUAUAGUUUAAAACGUUGCGAUAUUUGAGAUUAGCACCUCAAACAUUUAUUUUAUAAAUAACAUUGAACAAAUAUUAGUGAAAUACUUAGAUCUUAAACUUAUGGAUAAUGUAUAAAUCGGGUUCCUACCAGUGUCUGACAAGUUACUUGGUCAUCAAACCAGUUGGCUGCCAUUUUAAAUAAAAUAUUUAAAAAAAAAUGCAAAUUACACCCGCCACAGCAAACCUGCAGACUAAGCGAAUUUCCAAUUGCCUAGUUGGAUUAGCCUAUCACUAAAACAUUUAAUAAAAUUGUCAGAUUCAUUCCCUACUUAAAUGACUCUAAGUUUAAUGAGUACUUAGGAUUACCCCUCUAAGGAAUGUAAUAAAUUUAUUUAGCUUGGUAUCAAAUAAACAAAUUUGAUCAAAACACAUUCUUAAACAAGCAAAAACUUCAACGGUUUUUAAAUUCUCCAUAAGAAUAACACAAGAAUUUUAAAUUCAUAAGGUUUUUGAAGACAUUAGUUAUUUGUAGCCAUUAGACAAAAUCAAUGCUUUUUAUUUUUCUUGCAGUUAAUAUGAGAUAAAAAAUAUAUCUUCAAAAAAGAUCUCUUAAAUUCAUAAACAGGGCCGUCGCGUGGUGUAUUAGUGCUGGGGGUGGGAUGCUGUCAGGUGCUCUCCCCCCCCCACCCCAAACACAAUGAGCGAUGCUCGUGGUGGGUUACGUGGCUGUCUGAGACAUCAUCUGUAGCAGAAACAUCAUCAUCGUCCUUCACAAUCACGGCUAAUCUGAAUAUUCAUCGAUAACAGAAUUGUCCUCUGCAAUUGUGGUAAAAUAAAGAUUAUCCAACGAUCGUGUGGACAUUAUCACCGUCUUCCUCGAUUGCGGAGGAAUCAAGAUUAUCUCCUGCAGUUAUGUGGACAUCCAGGGUGUCUACCAGUCGGGAAUUCCGGGAAAUUCGGGAAAAAGUCGGGGAUUUUGAAAGGUCGGGAAAAG